AUGGGGGAUGAAACUGAUAAUACUCAAACACAAACUCAAAAUUCUCAACUACAAUGGAGCCAAAAUAAUACUCCAGCAUUUAUACCAAACAUUUGGGGAAGAUUACACCCAACAAAACCAACCUCGAGUGGUAAAUAUUGUUGGAAUGCUAGCAAUAAUCCUGAAUACAUAGACUUAAUCCAACCGGAGUUCUCCUUAGGUAGAUCUUUGAACUGCAACUUUGUGAUAAAAAAGAAUAUUGUAAAAGACAACAUCAUAAAAAGUGUCAGCAAACAACAAUUUAUCAUAAAAAGAAAUCUUUCGGAACCACUGUGUCCAGCAAUAAUAACAGAUUUGUCACACAAUGGGACUUUUAUAAAUGGGGAAAAUAUUGGAAAAGGAAAUAGCAGAGUGUUAGAUGACAAUGAUGAAAUAGCCAUCACACACACAUUUGUUAAAGUGUUCGUAUUCAAGGACUUGCUAAAAAAUGAACAAGAUCAAGUUCCUAAGGAGAUAUCACAAAAAUACUACAUUUCAAGGACACUGGGCCAAGGAGCUUGUGGAAUUGUCAAAUUAGUUUACGAUAAAACACGGUGCACUAAACAUGCAAUGAAAAUAAUAAAAAAGAGCAGAUUGACAAAUGGACAAAUGAAUCAUUUAAAUGACCCAGAAAAAAUUAUGAAUGAAAUCAUAAUUAUGAAAGCAUUACGGCAUCCAUGUAUUAUUUCAACUGAAGAGGUAUUUGAUUCCAAAGAUACAGUGUAUAUUGUCCUGGAGCUAAUGCAAGGAGGAGAACUUUUUGACAGAAUUACCAAACAAGGACACUUAUCUGAAUGUCUGACUCGGUUCCUCUUCCGACAAAUGGUACUGGCUGUCAAGUACCUGCACUCUCAAGGCAUCACUCACAGAGACCUAAAACCUGAGAAUGUGCUAUUGGAGAGUAAGCAUGAUGAGACACUAGUCAAAAUAACUGACUUUGGCUUAAGCAAAUUCGUUGGAGAAGAUAGUUUCAUGAAGACCAUGUGUGGGACCCCUCUUUACUUGGCCCCAGAAGUUCUGAAAGCAAAUGGCCAAAAAUGCUAUGGCCCUGAAGUUGAUGUGUGGAGCUUGGGAGUGAUAUUUUUCGUGUGCCUUGUGGGUUAUUUGCCAUUCUCUUCAGAAUACAAAGAUUUAUCACUGAGGGAACAGAUACUGACUGGAAAGUAUUGUUUCUCGCCAUCACACUGGAAGAAUAUAAGUUUGCAGGCCAAACUUCUAAUGAAAAGAAUGCUCACUGUUCAAGUUGAUAGAAGAAUUACACUUGAUCAAAUUCUCAACCAUGCUUGGAUGCAGGAUGCAGAUGUGAUAAUACGAGUAGAGAAAAUGCUGUCAAAUGUUGCUCAAAUGAAAAGUUUUAAUGCACUGACAAUAUCAUCCACAUCUGAUGAAGAAAAUUACAGCAACAAUAAUGUUAACAAUGUUACUGUGAUAAGGCUGGUAGCAGCUAACAAACGAGCCCUGAGUGAUAGCUUCAGCUCCUCUGAACCCAUCCCCAAGAGAUUCAGGGUAGCUAUAUACUCGGAGAGAUGUGAUGACACUAGCUCAGCCAACAGCUACUGUUCGGAAUAAUAAUUAUCUAAUUCUUGUUCACAAGCAUUUGAAAUGACUUGAUUUAAUUCUACUUUGAACUUGACAGUUAUAAAAGAAUUGAUAAAUAUUCUUGAAUGAUUAGACUGAAACUGGAUCCCAAUAACGAAAAUACAUGUUGCAUUUUCGUAAACUUAACAAAUGUGUACCGAAUUUUAAGACCCGAUACUUACAAUGUCUUACAAAAAUCAUAGAUAAAGCUUUGAUUAUUUUAAAUUUCAGUGAAGAUUGCACUAUUCUUUGAUUUAUGUGAAUUUUUUUUUUCAUUAAUAAUUAUUUUUGCUUUCUAAGGUCGAGUGUCGACAUUUUGUCCAUUUCAAUGCUGCUAACAAAGUUAUUUUAGUAGUAGAUUUAAAAUGUGUCUAUCCCUUUAUGGGUAUUUUACACUGCCAGUCAGUAGAAAUUACUACAUAAAAUGAUUAUUGAUACUACUCUAUUUUAUCACAGCAGCUUACUUUGAGACUGCUUUAAUUUUAAGUCUAGUUGAAUCAAUGUCAUUAUGUUAAGUCGUUAGACAUGGUUACCUGAUUGUUAUCUUAAAUUAGUUUUUAAUGAAUAGUUUUAGCCCAGUAUUUGAUGAAUCUGAAUUUCCACAGUGCAUUUUAAAAGUUGAUUAUGCAAGCAAUGUGAUAUUGUAACAAUUGUGAAUUUUAUUAAUGUUGCAGAUUGAAUGUUGUCAUUACGUACUUCUAAGAAUUACAUUUUAAAUAUUUUUAUUGUUGAUUAUAAAUUGUAAUAUGAAUGAGAAAACCAUAUUCAAUUUCUUUGUUCUUGUUCAAUUGUUAUUAUUGACUACAUUCUCGUGUCUGAGAAUUAUUGUUUAAUAUUUACCUCAAUUGUGAGAUUUUUAAUCCCACCGCUUUGAAAACUGAGUUUUUUUAGGUUUAAGUUCGAGUGUUAACUAUGUCCGAAUUCAAUAAAUGAGACAAAUGCUUAUUAAUUAAAAAUAAAUUAUAUUUUCUUUCAAUUCCUUGACACUAUACACGAUAUUUACAAAACAAAUUGUAAUUUAUAUCAUUACAUAAAAUAAUCUAGGCAAACAUUACAUAAUUCAGUCUUGACUCAUAUUCAAUACAGUUUAACUACAAAAUCUAGAUUUUCGAAUUAGCACAAUUUAGAUUAAGUUGCCUCUUUCAGUCAAAUUCAGUAAAUGAAUAUGUACCACCAUCGAAUUCGUUCAUUCAUUUAUUAGUAUUUUAGUACUGAUUAACAAUUUAAGUAGUAGUUACUUAGUACAAUUAUUUUAGACACUCAUAGGAACCUUGACCGAAUUGUUUAUAAAUAUUUAUUUGUUAAACUGUAUGAAUAUUUCU